AUGGUGUUGGAUGUGCGUCACAGCAGAGCAGCAGCCAAGACCGCCCACUGCUCUGGUCCUGGCCCUGGCCCUGACACUGACCCAGCCAUGGCAGUAUUCUCACCAGACUCCCCUGUCAGGCUAUUUCGGACUGGAAAUUUCAGCCUGCCUUAAUACCACAGUCCUCAACUCCACCCAGGUUGCUGUAAUUGAAGGCUGUUGUAUAUGUUAUCUUAUGAUGAUUAAAGUUGAUUGCUGCAAUUUUGUAAGUGCGUCAACGUGGCAGAUAAGUUACUGGAAGUAUAUUUUAGGGAUCAACAGGAAAAGUUGUAUUUAAUUUUUAAAUGGAUACGUUGUAUUCACACAGUACUUUCUUGAGUCGUGUUUAUCUCUCACAUCUUGAUGCUGGAGUGUAUUUCCCCAACCUCAUCGUGACAGAAAUACAUUGCUAUGUGAUUAGAUUAGGCAAGUAUGAAGGAGACUAAAGCAUGUCCCAGCUCCGUCAGGAACACUGAUGUAGCUAGCUACAGUAAUGAGGCUUGAUGUGUCAGCGGAUGGUGCAUUGUAACCGCCAGUAUGAUGCCACGGUUUAUCCCCUGUGCUUUGGUUUCCCCCUCUCUCUCCAGUGACUACAGGCCCAGAGCUGUGUGAAUGUUCCACGGUGUUGCUGGCAGCUGGGAGCACACUGGGGUCUGUGACAGAUUGAGAUUUGACUUUGAGCAAACAUUUUAUUUGUUUAUUUGGAUCCCCAUUAGCUUUUGCAGAAGCAGCAGCUACUCUUCCUGGGGUCCACAAAAAAAACAAAAAAGCAUGACACGUAACGAAACACUGAUACACACAUUUUAAAUACAAUGACAUACAAACAAUACAAAAAAUAAAUAAUGUGCAUGUUAGCGUGUCUGUGUGUUUGUGUGUCCCCUCACAAUCCCCGCCGUUCCAAGUGAUGCUGUUUAUUCUGUUUUUUAAAGGUAAUUUUACUGUUUGCUUGAGUUAUUGGAGAUGGAAGGGAGUUCCAUGCGAUCAUGGCUCUGUAUCAGUAGAGGCUGCUGAGUGGAGGACGGCUCAUAAUAAUGGCUGGAACGAAGCCAAUGGAAUGGCAUCAAACACAUGGAAACCAUGUAUUUGAUACCAUUCCACUUAUUCUGCUAUGGCCAUUACCACAAGCCCGUCCUGCCCAAUUAAGGUGCCACCAACCUCCUGUGCUCUGUAAAUUACUGUGCGUUGCUAUGAAUUCGUUUUGGACUUGGGGACGGUGAAGAGACCCCUGGUGGCAUGUCUUGUGGGGUAUGUAUAGGUGUCUGAGAUUAUGCAGACAAUCCAGAAUUUUUAUCACAGUAAUAUUUCUCAUAAAAACUAGAAGAGAAGCAGCUAGUCUCUCGUCAACCGUCAACCAGAAAAGACUGGCAUGUAUGUUGUUGAUGUUAGUUCUGUAUGUGCAGUGAAGGCAAGGCGUGCUGCUCUGUUUUGAGCCAGCUCCCUGAACAACUAGUACAGUUGAUUUUUGUGUAAAAUAUUUAGAACAGACAUACCCCUCCCCAUCUUCACAACAACUUUGUCAAUAUGACUUGACCAUGACAAUUGACCAUCCAAUGUUAUACCUAGGAGUUUAGCUUCCUCAACUUGCUCAAUGUUCACACCCUUUAUUCGCAACUCCAGUUGAGGUUUAGAUCUUAGAGAAUGUUUUGAACCAAAUACAACUAUUUUAGUUUUAGAUGUAUUUAAGACCAGUUUAUUUAUUAAUAACCCAUUCUGAUACUGACUGUAACUCCUUAUUUCGAAUUUGGCUUUGGGUGCUGAAAUGCAUGUAGAGUGUGGAAUCAUCCGCAUACAUAGUCAUUGUAAGAGCAGUGACAAAUUAUUUGUAAAAAUAGAGAAGAGUAACGGCCCAAAGCAACUGCCCUGAGGGACACCGCACUGUACAUAUCUGUCAAUUGCCCUGAGGGACAAUGAACUGUACAUAUCUGAUGUUAGAAGAACUCUCCUAAAAUAGAAUGUGACUCCAAUGCAAGACGUGGUAUGGAAAUUAUACUGAAGAACUCUCUGGGUUCUAUUGGAUAAAUAACUCUCCAACCAUGUGAUGGCAGUUGAUGUAAAGCCAUAGCAAGUGAUUUUCUUCAAUUAUAAUUUAUCGAUUUAUCAAUAACAUCAAAGGCUGCACUGAAAUCUAUCAAUACAACUCCAACUAUCAUCUUGUUAUCCGUUUCUUUUAACCAAUCAUUAGUAAUCUGAGUCAGUGCAGUACAAGUUGAGUGCACUUCUCUACAUGCAUGCUGAAAGUCAGUAGUUAACUUGUUCUUUGAAAAAUAGCAUUGUAUUUGGUCAAACACAAUUCUCUCCAUCAGUUUACCAAGAACAGGCAGCAAACUGAUUGAGCGGCUGUUAGAGCCAGCAAAGGGUGCUUUACUAUUUUUAACUAGAAUUACUUUAGCUUUCUUCCACACCUGUGGACACAGACCCUCCUUUAGGCUUUGGUUAAAGAUAUAUAAAAUAGGGGUGGCAAUACAGUCUACUACCAUUCUCAACACUUGCAUGUUUCCCUCUCAGCAGUAUUGGUGAAGUAGCUGACUUUUAUUCCAUAUACUGUAAUAGUGUAGUAGUUGAGCCUGUAUGAGCCCAAAUCUACCUGGGAACUCUUAUAACAUCUGAACCGCAUUAGUGUGCUUACCCUUACAUACAGCAGCAUCUGCAUUACAGUGUAGUUUUAACAUGCUGUUGUUAGUGUUAUUUUCUUAUUGCAGGUUUCGUUCACAUGAUGUAACCUCUCUGUCUCAUAUUAUUUCAAUGACCUCUGCUUGUUUUUUCCAGCGAUCAUCCUUCUACCAUUUGCUGCGGGCAGGCUGGCCUGUAAGUAUCACAGCUCAGCUAUGAGUACUGUAAUACAGUGAGUCAGAGAUGCUGUGUGUGUCUGAGUGUGUUACUAAUGGACCUCUUCCUGUUAAAUCCUCAGACAGAACAGGGUCUUACUGGACCGAUAGGGGAAAUGGGAAAGCCUGGCCUACCAGUGAGUGGUAUAUCCAUUUACAGUACACUAAUCACUAAUGAACUAUGAGUCAUAUGCCCUUGCAUGGACCUAUUAAUACAAAGCCAUUUAUGUAAGUGUAGAUGACUGAUAGAUGCUGUCUUUGUGCAGGGAAUUCCUGGAGAUCCUGGCCACAGAGGAAUGGCAGGACACAGGGGAGACAUGGUAAUAUUAACAAUGCAAUUAGCAACUUGUUAUACAGAUGUUCUUCUAGUUGAAGAUCUAAUUCUAGUUGCGUUUACAAGACUCAGUAUUCUCUACCGUCUGAAAUCUGCUAGACUUUGUGGCCUUUUUCUAAAAGCAGUUAAAUAUAUGAAUCAUGCCUGGUGUUAUGUCUAUGUGCCAGGGUUACCCUGGGCCGAAGGGCGUGCAAGGGCGAGCAGGAACCUGGGGGCGAGAUGGCGGGCAUGGCCUGGAUGGACAGCCAGGGCCACCGGGAUUCCCUGGCCUUCAGGUAA